GACCAGUUCCAUGUCUUUUUCUUGCCCCCCUUCUCUUCUCAGUGGUAUCGAUUUUUUCCCCUUCCUUAGUAUUUUUUGUGUUUAAUUGUAAAAAUUAUUUUUUAAAAUUUCCACGAAGCUUUCUUUUAGAACUAUGUUUAUAGUUUUUAAUUCCAUAUAGUUUCCCAGUUAAGAAGUUUUUCAUUUCGAUCGCAAAACGCCGAUAGUAACUUUAACUUUCAUUGCGUUAUUUUAUUCUUCUUACUGAUUACUGGCUGUACUUCAUGUAAUUACACGAGUGUCGGAAUUGAUUCUACAAGUUUAUUUAAUUAAUUUGUUGGUGAUAUACGCAUUCGGUAAAAAUUUUACUUUGUUGAAGCUUAGUGUUAUACAGGAUGCCUUCUACUAGCGUGAAAGACGUAAAUCAGCAUGACUUUGUGAAAGCCCUUUCUGCUCAUUUUAAAAAGUCAGGUAAGCUAAAAGUGCCAGAGUGGGUUGAUGUUGUUAAAACUGGAAUGCAUAAAGAGCUUGCACCCUAUGACGAGGAUUGGUUUUAUACCAGAUGUGCAUCUGUAGCAAGGCACCUGUACAUAAGAUCCCCUGCAGGUGUUGGGGCUUUGACCAAAAUCUAUGGUGGAAGGUAUAGAAGGGGUACACGCCCAUCCAGAUAUUGCAGGGGUUCAUCAAGUGUUGCACGCAAAGCAUUACAAGCUCUGGAGAAUCUGAAACUUGUUGAGCAAGAUCCCAGCGGGGGAAGAAAGCUGUCAAACCAAGGAAGAAGAGAUUUAGACAGAAUUGCAAGUCAAAUAAGAAAGUCUUAAUGUAUUCUAUUGGCAAAUAAAUAAAUCUCAUCCUGUA